AUGACUGAAGAUGGUUAUGAAUUUGGUAAUAAUGACCUAGUUGGAGAUUACUUUUGUCAAGGUGACGUAAUAUUGGCGAACGGAUAUCAAAUGUCUUAUGAAACCAAUAAAGAAAGUUGUUCGGUGGAAGAUAAUGUAAAGAAUUAUGGAAAAAGAAAGUUUGAUAUAGAUCAAUCAUCAAACUGCGACGAAUUAUCCAUUAAUAACAAUCUCAGCAGCAUCAAACAACAUCAAGCUAAUUAUUAUCUUUACGAAAAUGAAAUUAAUCAAAUUAAUCAACAAGAAUAUUCAGGAAGUUAUAAGAAUCAUGAUAUUUCUAAUCCUAAUAUUCCUCUUAUACACGAUCAAUAUCAAAUUAACAAGAAAAAUGAAUGCUCCGAUUCAAUUAAUUUGACUAUAUCUGAUGUUAACUCACAUAAAGAGUUAGAUUUUGAUAAUAAAGAACUUAAUAGUAAAGAAUUUGAUGACAAACUUUAUGACAAAAAACUUAAUUUCAAAGAGUUGCAUAAAGAAGAAUCUGACAGCAAAGAGUCUGACAAUGAAAAUUUUGUUGGUGAAGAUCUUGAUAAAAAAGAAGAAAUCAAUGGCUCAAAAUCAAAUGACAAAAUGCAAAAUAGUAAAGAAUUUGAUGAUAAAGAACUAGAUAAUGAGAAUCUUUUUGAUAAAGAACUUGAUGAUGAAGAACUUAAUAAUAAAGAAGAAGAGUUUGAUGAUAAGGAACUAGAUAACCAAGAGCUUGUUGAUCAAAAGAUUGAUAACAAAGAGUUUGGAAGUAAUGAAUUUGAUAUCAAUUUGACCAAUUCUGACUCAUCUAUUGACAAUUCUGAUUCAGUUUAUAGAAAAAGAACAGUAAAUACUAGUGAUGAAUCCAAAGAUAAUGAUAGUGAUACAUCUGAGAGUAGUGAAAGUGAUGAUAAAGAUGAAAACACUGAUAAAAAAGUAUCCACAAAUCUAGUUAAUCCUAUUAAAUCUAACAAAAUUAAAAAAUCCCCCAAAAAUUUACCAAAUACUCAAAAUACUCAAAAUAAGUCCAAUUUAAACAAAAUUUCCAAGAGUGGUUUUAAAAAAUCUCCUGAACAAAAUUUGGAUCUUCAAGUCAACGGAAAAAUCAAAAAACAAAAAAGGAUGAAACUUGAAGAUCUUAUGGCAAAUUCUUUAAAAUUUCAAUUCAAACGAAAUUACUUGUCAAAAGCUUCUCCCGCUACGCUUGGUACUUUUAGAUUACCAGAUAUAAAAAAUGAACCUAUGAGGAAUUAUCCACCCGGCAGUGAAGACCGGGCAAAACUGCAAGCUGCAUUAAAAGAAUUCAAAAACAAGGCUCCAAUCGAAAUUCCUGUUUUUGUUAAUGGAAAAGAAAUUUACACGAAUAAAAUAAUUGAACAAAGAAAUCCUUCCGAGCAUGCAACAAUUAUAGCGAAAUUUCAUGAAGCUGAUUCAACGAUCGUUGAACAAGCGAUAAAAGGAGCUUUGGACAUAAAACCUAUUUGGGAAUCUUUCCCCCUCGCCGAUAGGUCUGCUAUUUUCUUAAAAGCUGCAGAUUUGGCAGCUACAAAAUAUAGAUACAAACUUUUGGCCGCCACUAUGCUUGGACAAGGCAAGAAUACAUGGCAAGCAGAAAUUGAUGCUGCAGCAGAAACAAUUGAUUUUUGGAGAUUUAACGUAAAAUAUGCUCACCAAAUGUAUCAACAACAACCUACCGAGAAUUCACCUGGAGUUUGGAAUCGAGUUGAAUAUCGACCUUUAGAAGGUUUUGUCUAUGCUAUUACACCAUUCAACUUUACAGCUAUUGCUGGUAAUCUUACUGGUGCGCCUGCACUGCUGGGAAACGUUGUGUUACAUAAACCUUCAGCCAGUUCCGUUCUCUCUAACUGGGUUAUUAUGGAAAUCUUUAGAGAGGCAGGCUUACCAGAUGGUGUAAUACAAUUUAUUCCUGGACCUGCUCAAGAAAUCACUGAUCAAAUAUUAAAGUCACCGGAUUUUGCUUCGUUACAUUUUACCGGUUCUACAACUGUGUUUAGAAAAUUAUGGAAAGACAUCGGAAAUAAUAUUGAAAAUUAUAAAUCUUACCCGAGAAUUGUAGGAGAAACUGGAGGAAAAAACUUUCAUGUUAUUCAUGAAUCUGCGAAUGUUACAAAUGCAGUAAACCAAACUAUUCGUGGAGCUUUUGAGUACCAAGGACAAAAAUGUUCUGCUUGUUCGCGUGCUUAUGUGCCGGAUUCGUUAUGGGAAAAGUUCCGUAAUGAAUUGCUUAAAGAACAUGCUAAAAUCAAAAUUGGACCCACUUUAGCAAUUUUAUGGGCCCAGUCAUAUAACUCUCCUUUUUUCAGUAAUUCAAAUUCAUUUGCAAAAAUAAAAUCUUAUAUAGAAUGGGUCAAAGAAGAUGGAGAUAGUGAAAUUAUAGCAGGAGGAAAUUAUGAUGAUUCUAAAGGAUAUUUUGUGUCUCCUACCAUAGUUGUUACAAAGAAUCCAAAGAGUAAAACUAUAGUUGAAGAAAUUUUUGGUUACAAAGCAGAUGAAUUUGAUCAAAUAAUAGAUAUAGCAAAUGAUUCUGUUUAUGCAUUAACAGGAUCCAUUUUUGCACAAGAACGUUCUGCGGUAUUAUUAGCUCACAAUAAGUUACGACAUGCCUCAGGUAAUUUCUACAUAAAUGAUAAAUGUACGGGUGCCAUCGUUGGUCAACAACCAUUUGGUGAAAAUUUCCUUGACAUUGAAGAAUUUACUUAUCCAUCUAAUUUAGUUUGA